GGGGGGUCCCGGCUCGCUGCCGGCUCCGGUCCUCCACGGAGCAGGGGGCAGAGCCGAGCGGCUCCGGCCCAGCGCCUCCGCCUCCUUCCGUGUUCCGGUUCCUGCAGCCGCCGGGCAGGAUGCGACCGGCCCCGGCCGCCCGGCGGCUCCCACUGCUGUGACAGCCGAGCUCAGACCCGCAGCACUGACCAGAGCAGGGGCUCGACCCGGUCCCUGCAUCCCCAUCUGCUCCCCGACCAUGGGCAGCCACGAGAAGGACGCCUCCUCGCCGAGGAAGGCCCUGUCCCGCUCCAACAGCACCGUGUCUUCCAAGCAAAGCAGCGUUCAGCAGGGCUCUGAGAGCUGGGAGGUGCUGGAGGAGCCUCGUGUGCGGGGCAGCCCGGGCACGGAGCCACAGCGACACGAGGGCUAUCUGCUCAAGAAGAGGAAAUGGCCCCUGAAGGGCUGGCACAAGAGGUACUUUGUGCUGGAAAACGGCAUCCUGAAAUAUGCCACCACGCGCCAGGAUGUCCUCAAGGGCAAACUGCACGGUGCCAUCGAUGUCCGUCUGUCCGUCAUGUCCGUCAACAAGAAGGCACAGCGGGUUGACCUGGACACGGAGGAGAACAUCUACCACCUCAAGAUCAAGUCCCCAGAGCUCUUCUCCAGCUGGGUGAGCAGCCUCUGCUCCCAUCACCAGGGUGAGAGGGGGGAUCCCGCAGGGCCCAACAUGCAGGGCCAGUGGACCCGGAUCCUGCCCUCGGGCAGUGCUCCUGCCCUCUCCACCCUGGCCAGCUCCCGGGACAAGGUGAACGCCUGGCUGAAGGACAGCGAGGGGCUGGAGCGCUGCUCGGCCGAGCUGGUGGAAUGCCAGGCGAAGCUGCAGGAGCUGACGGGAAUGCUGCAGAGCCUGGAGGCCCUGCACCGCAUCCCCUCAGCACCCCUCAUCUCCGGCACCCAGCCUUCAGCCGCCACGGAGAGGCCGAAGAAAGGCAGGAGGAGCACCAGGAUCUGGUGCACCCAGAGCUUUGCCAAAGACGACACCAUCGGCAGGGUGGGUCGCCUGCACGGCUCCGUCCCCAACCUCUCGCGCUACCUGGAGCCAUCCCAGAGCCAGCUUCCCUUCAGCCUCCCCCCGGAGUACGCGCAGCUACAGAGGAGCUUCUGGGUGCUGGCGCAGAAAGUGCACGGCUCGCUCAGCAGCGUGGUGACGGCGCUGACGAUGGAGAGGACGCGUCUGGAGGAGCUGCGGCGGGCGCUGGACCGGCGGCGCUCAGCACCGCGUCCCGGCAGCGCCGGCAAUGCCGGGGCUGCCCUGCGCCGCUUCCACUCCCUCUCCGUCUCCUCUGACACCACCAUGGACUCCUUCGCAUCGCUGCACCCCGAUGAGCCGGACCCGCUGCCAGCCAAGGGCCGGGAGCAGCAGCUCUCCAACCGCAGCAUCGUGUCGCUGGCCGAUUCCCACACCGAGUUCUUCGAUGCCUGCGAGGUUUUCCUCUCUGCCAGCUCCUCUGAGAACGAGCCCUCGGACGAUGAAUCGUGCAUCAGCGAGGCCACCACCAGCGCCUGCGAGGACGCGGCCGAGCCCCCGACAGGUACCGGGAGGGGGUCACCGAUGAGAAGACGGGAAAGGAGUGGAUGUGUUCGGCUCCAUCCCACAGCGCCCGGUCCCGCAGGCGCGGAGGGCCCGGCGAUGCCCGCGGAGCCGCCGCCGGUGGAGCUGCCCGGUCCGGACCCGCGGCGGAGGAGCCGCCUGCCCGCGCCGCCCGCCCCGUCGGGGGACGUGAGCCUGUGGGGGCUGCUGCGGAGCAGCGUGGGGAAGGACCUGUCCCGGGUGGCCCUGCCCGUGCAGCUCAACGAGCCCCUCAACACGCUCCAGCGCCUCUGCGAGGAGCUCGAGUACAGCGCGCUCCUGGACCGCGCCAGCCGCGCCCGCGACCCGCGGCAGCGCUUGGUCUAUGUGGCUGCCUUUGCCGUGUCUGCCUAUGCCUCCACCUACUACCGGGCGGGCAGCAAACCCUUCAACCCGGUGCUGGGAGAGACCUAUGAGUGCGUGAGGCCUGACCGCGGCUUCCGCUUCAUCAGCGAGCAGGUCUGCCACCACCCUCCCAUCUCCGCCUGCCACGCUGAGUCUGACAACUUCAUCUUCUGGCAAGACAUGAGGUGGAAGAAUAAGUUCUGGGGCAAGUCCCUGGAGAUCGUCCCUGUGGGCACCGUCAAUGUGCAGCUGCCACGGACCGGGGACCACUUCCAAUGGAACAAGGUGACCACGUGCAUCCACAACGUGCUGAGCGGCCCGCGCUGGAUCGAGCACUACGGCGAGGUGCUGAUCCGCAACACACGGGAUGCUGCCUACCACUGCAAGAUCACCUUCGGCAAGGCUCGGUACUGGGGCGCAGGGGCCAACGAGGUGCAGGGCUUGGUGCUGAGCCGCAGCGGGGCCGUGGUGGAGCGCCUGGCCGGGAAGUGGCACGAGGGGCUGCACCGCGGGCCGGCACCGGGGCACUGCGUCUGGAGGGCCAACCCCAUGCCCCGUGACCAUGAGAAGAACUACGGCUUCACGCAGUUCGCCCUGGAGCUGAACGAGCUGACGCCGGAGCUGCGCCGCGUCCUGCCCUCCACUGACACCCGCCUGCGGCCCGACCAGCGGUACCUGGAGGAAGGCAACGUCCCGGCGGCCGAGACGCAGAAGCGCCAAAUCGAGCAGCUGCAGCGGGACCGGCGCCGGGUGAUGGAGGAGAACAACAUCACGCACCAGGCUCGCUUCUUCAGGCGGCUGAUGGAUGCUAAUGGCAAGGAGUCGUGGGUCACCAACAACACCUAUUGGAAGCUGCGCCUGGAUCCCGGCUUUGCCCACCUGGACAGCGCGGUGCUCUGGUAGUGACCCCCGCAAUAGGGUGCUGAGCCCCUCCCCAGGCUCAUCACAGCAGUGGGGCUGGUUCCCCCAGCACUGGGCACGUGGAGCCAGCCCCCCAAC